GUUAUUCUUCCGGCGGCCAAACACGCCACUAACUGGGGCUCAAAGCCUCAUACUAAGAAAUAAACACGAAAAUCCACGUCUUUUUGCCGCAAGCCGUGAAGAAGAAGAACUCAAAAGCCUUCUUUAGCUCCUGACGGUCGUCUCUCCUUUCCUGUCCCGCCGGGAAAUUCUCUGCAAGACUAAGCAAAAGCGGCCAUGGGGAGAGGAAAGUUCAAGGGGAAGCCAACCGGUCGCCGCCAAUUCUCCACUCCAGAGGAGAUGCGUGCUGGUACUUCUAGUCGUCCUAAAACUUUUAAACGGGAAGAAGCUGAGGAUGAUGAGAGAUCUGAGUCUGAAGAGGAAUUCGAAGAGUCAGAGGAUGAAUCAGAAAAGCAGAAGGGUGUUCAGGGUAUCAUUCAGAUUGAAAAUCCUAAUUUGGUUAGGCCUAAAAAUCUGAAAGCAAAAAAUGUGGAUAUUGAUAAAACCACCGAACUUUCAAGACGUGAGAGGGAAGAGAUAGAGAAGCAGCAAGCUCAUGAACGGUACAUGAAGCUCCAAGAGCAAGGGAAGACAGACCAAGCAAAGAAAGAUUUAGAACGUUUGGCCAUGAUAAGGAAACAAAGAGAAGAAGCUGCAAAAAAGCGCGAAGAGGAGAAAGCUGCUAAAGAACAGAAGAAGAUCGAAGCGCGGAAAUGAGUUCUGAUUGAAGAAUUCAAUAAGCUGUUUACCCAGGUCCUAGUCAAAUCUAUUUCUUUCAUAUUAAAGUACACUCUAAGUACCUUAUUGGGUUGUGCAAGUUUUUUUUAAAUAUGCUGCCUUAGAUUGCUGUAAUUGCAGAAGCUGGUUUCAGCUAUAUGUCCAAUACUUCUAUUGAUGAUCCUGGAUUUUUAGUUAUAUAUGGUUUUAUCUAUACCCAUUAUUACAACGCAACGACUGGGAACUCGGAAUGUGGUCCUCAACGAUGACUACUCGAUGGUUCAUUCAACGUUUCAACCUGAUUCCGAGGUUGGGAAAUAGAAAGAAAGCGCGAAGUGAAUAAAUACGGAGUAAUUUUUUUAUUUAAAAUUUUACACUUCUAUUCCAAAUGAUUGAAUUGAAAGUAACUUUAGUCUAAAAAG